UAGUCAAAAUGACAGUGUUAGGCCUGUUAGUUUGCCUCUGUUUGCUGUAUGUAGAUACAGUAGUCGGGGUAGGCUAUUUAGGUGUAAAGCCCCCUUCACAAAAGAAAUGUCAUUAUGAGAAGAUAGAGGAGGCUCAUUUUAGUUACGAAAGAGAUGAUUUCUGCGAGGGACCUUAUGAAUGGUGCAACGUGCAUGAUUGUUGGACAACUUGUGGCUCCACAGAAAGACAAUCUCCAAUCAACAUAGAAACAAGAAAGACAAAAUCUUUAAAACAUUACCGAGGAGACGUAAAGCUGAAAGGUUGUGAUAGGAGAGUGAAAGCCGAAAUCUACAACAAUGGACAUUCCCCGCACUUUGAUGUGAAAGAAGACUAUCAAGACAAAAUAACUCUUACCCACGUUCCUCAUAGAAGACAUAGGACAUACAAUUUUGCACAACUGCACAUUCAUGUUGGCCAUAAGAAGAAGAAAGGUUCAGAACACUCUAUAAACGACAAGUUUUAUCCGAUGGAGGCCCACAUGGUGUUUUAUGAUGCAGAGUAUCAAAAUGUAACAUACGCCAAGUUUAGGCCAGAAGGAUUGGUAGUCCUUGGUGUUAUGAUAAAUGUACAAAAAGAUGACGAUGACGAGGAUUUUGAAGAAGAUUAUGAAGAGGAGGAGGAAGAGGAAAAUGGUCACAGGAGAAACCAUGAAGAUAUUUGUGACAACGACAACGACGAAGACUACGAACGGUAUUAUAACAGAAGAUGCUACAAAGGGCAUCAUCGUUGUAAAGUGAGGUUUGCUAAAACACUGAGUAAUAUAAUGGAGACAUACUACAGGAAGAUAAAGGAAUAUAAGGGUGAAGAAUUUGAAACAGGAGAACGACGAACAAAACCGCCGUGCAAUCCACAGAAACUUGAGCAAGACUUCAUAAAAUCUAACUGUAUAAAGAACAGUAAUGAUACACAUGAAAAAAUCCCAGUAUGUGGAAUAUCACCUCUAGAUGUUCUUCCAUACGACCGUCGAUUUUAUACGUAUCAAGGCUCUUUAACCACUCCCCCUUGUUAUGAAACGGUACAGUGGAUAGUUUACAAAUGUCCAAUUAAAGUGACACGUGAGGCUUUUAUUGCAUUAAGAGAAGUUGAGGAUUCCCACCAUCAUCCUCUUUCACAUCUGGGAGUUGUACGACCACUACAGGUAAAUAAACAUCAUGUGUUCAAAAAUUACUAGAACCGGAGCACACAGGAACAGGAAGAGAACAGGAUUUAACCUUUGGAACUAUCUUGUAAAAUGACUGUGAAAAUUUUUACAUAUACGUGUGCGUGAUUAUGCUUGCAAUAAUGCAUAUUCUCUUACUUCUAUGAAGAAUAUCUAAUAUUGAGUGAAUUGCUAAUUAAAACAAUUUGUUUGACUUUUUUUGUAAGAGAAGUAACCUUUGGAGCUAUAUAAAAUGCUUGCAAUAAUGCAUAUUCUAGAAAAUUUAUGAAGAAUAUCUAGUAAUGAGUGAAUUCCUAUGCAAACAUUAUGUAAAUAGCAUUUAUUCAUUUGUUUUACCAGAUAGAUGUAUAUAGUGUAUUAAAUAUGUUGUUUUCUUUGUCA